AUGGCAGGAAAACUAUCUAAGGCUGAUCGCGACAUUAUUGCACAACAGAAAGACAACAAUUUUGAGUCAGAUCAAUCGGUCGCAAGUAUUUCGGGCAAGACAAGGCCCAGCAAUUACAAGAUGGACGAGUCAAGGUCCAAUAGGAAAUCCAAUGUGAGAAGGAAGAAUGUGGAUAACGAGUCUAGUUCUUCGGCGAGAAGCAACGAACAGUCCGACAGCGACGACGAUUGGUGGAAUCCUCCUCAAGGGACGUUACAAGUAACUACAGCAGAAACUAAUCUCAGUUGGGAUCAAUUACAGUGGAAACCUCACAAGGACCACUUCUUACGCGGCUUCCAGAACUGGGGAGUUUAUAAAAAUGACGUGAUGCUCGCUUUGCAGUCGAUAGGGUAUGUUAAAGGGAUCAAAUUAUCAAAUCUAGAUAAAGCAAAUUUCGGAUCAGUGAUCAGGAGAUCAGUGACCGAUAACCCAAGAAGGAUCAUUGAAGAUCCAAGCAGCGGGUCGGAUAUGAUGAAAUUACUCAACAAGACAUAUCGACAGUCUGGCACAAUACAGGCUGAAAACUUCUUCAAUGACCUAAUAGAGCUGACUUACUACGGAGGUAACGCUAUUGAUUUCGUGACAAAAUUUAGAGUCUGCGUUAUAGAAUUUAAAUCAACUGGUCAGGAGUUAGCUGACAAUAUCACAAUACUUAUAUUCAAACGUGCGGUCGAGAAAAGGGCCCACAGAUGGGAUUAUGAGGCCUCACAAACCUCAAAAACCAAACAAUGGUCGUUGGAAGAACUAAUCAACGAUUUCAUCUCCAACCACAGCCUCAAGGCUUUUCAGAACACAAACAAACACCAUUCCAACAAAGACUUUCUGGUAAACAACAACUUUGACAACAAAAAGAGAGAUAAAGCCAAUAUUCGGCUAGGUCAAAUUGAAAACAGAGGCAAGCUGGCCUUUAAACCAAAAAUAAAUAAGGGUGACAAGAACCCUGAGAGUAAGAACCAAGUUGUAUGUUACAAUUGUGGAAAAAGUGGUCACUAUGCAAAUAAUUGCCAUAGCAAGAGGGGAACAACUCAAGGUCCUCAUCGAUGUCACAUCUGUAGGGGCAAUCACUAUGCAAGGGAGUGCCCAGCUCGAAAGUCAGAUCACGAUCGUCCUUUAAAUCAAAAUUCAACGAAGGGCAAAGAAAAGAUGAUCGAGUAUAAUGUUGGUAAUGAUUGGUACGAAGAGUGGAUGGAAGAAAAUGGGAUAGUAAACAACCCAGAGAUCGAAGGGACUCAAGUAAUGAUGAUAGCUCAUGCUAUGGAGUAG